AUGGCCGUCCUCAGCCCAGUAAGCCUGGUGGUAUUACCACUGGCAUACAUGGCCUACAAGAUCCUGCACCAGGUGAUCAGGUAUCGCCUCAACCACCCCCUGAACCAAUUCCCCGGCCCCUGGCUGGCCAGCGUCACGAGGCUGUGGAUAACCUACCACAACGUCAAGGCGGACGAGUGCCAGACCUUUCGGGAGCUGCACAGGCGGCACGGCCCCGUGGUCCGUAUCACGCCCACCAUGCUGCACGUAUCCGAUGCCACCAAGCUGCCCGAGAUAUACAGCCGCAACGCCGAUAAGAGCCAGCACUACAUCACGGGCAGCUUCGGCACCACCGAGUCCCUCUUCAACAUGCAGGACCACAAGGUCCACGCCCGCUUUCGCAAGGUCGUCGCGUCGCCGUAUUCCUUCAGCAACGUCAAGCGGAUGGAGCCGCUGCUCGACUCUAGCAUCGACCGCUGGGUCCACCGACUCGACGAGCUGUUCGCAUCGACGGGACAGAAGCUCGACUUUGCCCCUUGGGCCGUCUACAUGGCGUACGACAUCAUUUCCGAGGUCGGGUUCGGCCAGCCCUUUGGCUUUGUCGAGCAGGGUAGAGACGUCGAGGGCCUGAUAAAGGGCUUCCACGACGGGCUGGUCCCGUUCGGCAUCAUGGCGCGCCUGUGGCCCCUGACCAACUGGGUCAAGACCACCUUCCUGGGCCGGUACCUGGUUGCGUCUCCGGAGCAGGACUCUGGCAUCGGGACGCUGAUGCGGUUCCGCGACCGGCUCAUCUCGCAGCGCAUAGCCGACAACGAGAAAUCCGGCGGCGGCGGCGGCGACGGCAGCAGCAGCAGCAGCAACAACAACGGCCGCGUCGACCUGCUGCAGACCUUCCUCGAGGCCCGGGACGACGACGGCAGGUCGCUGGACCUGGCCCACGUCAAGGCCGAGGUGCUGCUGGUGCUGCUGGCGGGCGCCGACACGACUGGCACCACGUUCCAGGCCAUGGUCAUGCACGUCAUGAGCCGCCCGGACGUCUACGGCCGCAUGAUGGCCGAGGUGGACGCCGCCACGGCGGCCGGGAAGCUAUCGAGCCCGACGCCGCGGCACGAAGAGGUCCAGGCCCACUGUCCCUACUACGUCGCCUGCGUGCGCGAGACCAUGCGGCUCAACCCGGCCGCGCCCAACAUCUUCCCGCGGCUGGCCCCGGCCGGCGGUGUGGAUCUGUACGGCAUCCGCGUGCCCGAGGGGACCGAGCUGACGUGCAACCCGUGGAUCGUGCACCGGGACCCGGCCGUCGUUGGCGACGACCCGGAUGAGUUCCGCCCGGAGCGCUGGCUCGAGAACGACGACAGGGCAAAGGCGAUGCUCAGGUACAGCAUGUCGUUUGGGUACGGUGCCCGCGAGUGUCUGGGCAAGCAUAUCGCCAUGAUGGAGCUCUUCAAGGCUCCGAUCCACUUCUUCCGUACCUUCAAGCCCGAGAUCCUCGACGAGACCAAUCCAGGCCGUUACGUUGUCAAGGGUGGCGUGAGCUACUUUGAAGAUAUGUGGAUCAAGAUUGAAAGAAGGGCACAGGCACAGGUCGAGUGA